GCGUAUCUUCCACCUCUGUUUGCUAUUCUGCCUCCUGGAUUGCACCUGUAACGACCGCAGUUGCAGCAAGAUUGAGCCUGUCCAAGAGCAGAGCAAACACAUGCCACUUUCUACACCCUUUUCCGACUAGCUCUUCUCUCAAGAACCUCAGACUUCAAACACCCACACUACCAUCUCAAUGGAAGCACCACGGCACCUACCCAACGAGCUUCUCCUGAUGAUCGGACAGCAUGUCGAUGACCUGAAAACGAAACGAAGCUUGGUGGGAUACAGCAGACAGUUUUAUCAUCUGUUCUUGCCACUCCUAUACUCUCGUCUGGAUCUCUCAAGCAUGUUUCGUCGGGAGGGUUUGGGGGUUUUUUGUGAGGUGGGCAUUCCAUUGAUUCAAAACAUCUGUCGACGCCCGAAUUUAGCGAGCUUUGUCCGCUGCCUGAAAAUCGUGGCCGAUGACCCUACAAACAUACAUCGUGGUGAUCGACGACAUGUCGAGCUACUGAAGGGAGAUGUCAACAUUGACAUUAGCCUACUCAGUAGCGUCUUGAAUGAGGUAUGUGGGGAUUGGUAUAAUCCCAAAGACUGGUUAUGGCAGCUCCUGCUCUUGAGCGAUGAGGCUUGGGUCGGUGUUCUCCUCACUCGAUUAAGCCAUGUGAGAGAAUUAUUUGUAUCUUAUGGACUGCCGGACCUGGCUCAAAGGUAUCUCAACAAGGCAGCAGAGCGCUGGAAACCUUUCCAGGAGUCUCCGCCGUUUUCGUUCUUAAGAGAAGUGGAGAUCGGUAGCCUUGCAGCGAGGGAAGUGCCGUAUAAUGGUUUUUCAACGUACUAUGUUGACAUCAACUUGGUCAGGCCAUUUUUCUAUCUCCCAGCUGUUCGGAAAAUCACAAUUACCGGCGUGCAAAACCAACCUCUGGUAUAUACAAGCCAUAUCGCACUUGAUACAUCCUGCAUCACCAACCCCACCCAUUCAGUUACCGAGUUAUCCAUUGAUGGUGUAGUCGGCAUUGGCGUGAUAGACGACUGGCUUGCAGCCUGUGGCCCACUUAGAUCUUUUAAGAUGCAAUACGGGUGUUAUCCUCAUUGGGAUCCCUACGAGAUGGUCCUGAACAAUCUUUUUGAACCCCGAGAACUCCGCAAGUCUCUGUUACAAUACAGCCAGUCGCUCGAGGAUCUCACAGUGUGUUUUCCCCCUUGGUAUCCAACCAUGCGAGAAGUAGGUUUCGCUGAUGACGAGGAUAUCAUUGACUGCGAGCGCAUUUCUUUUGGUUCUUUCAAAGAAUUCAGCGUUCUCAAAACCCUUGCUAUUCCGCACCACAACCUCAUGAUGCCAGUGCAACCGCGGAACGUUGAUGAGGACAUAUUCUUGGGCGACUUGCUUCCAUCGUCUCUCGAACAUCUUAGUAUUUUCCAGAUUGACGGAGAUAAAUUCUCUCGACUGGUUUCUAACCUAAUUCAGAUGAUUUGCGAGCGAGAGAUUCAUGUUCUGCAUCUUGAGGCUAUCACGCUGGAGAUGGAUUUGGUGACAUAUUCAAAUGAUUCUGUAGAUCACGCGAAUUGUGAAGAUUUUGUCUUACUGGAGACUGCAUGUUCAGAUCAUGGGAUGCGAUUGAACCGCGAAAAUGUACGAAAGCCAGACUGGUCCGAGUGACGCGUG